AUGCAGCAGGCCAGCGUGGGCGGCUGCGACGAGGACUCCGGCGCGGCGAGUCCACCGGCGACGAGAUCGCCGGCUGACUUCGCGAUCAAGAGCGAACCCGUCGCGGACAAGAACGACGGCGGCGGGGUGAGGGUUAAGGUCGAGAUGCCCGAGCCAACGGAGGCCGGCUCGGUCGAGGUCAAAGGCGAGCCGCGGGAGGACUACCAGCGGCAGCUCAACGACGGCUAUCACUACGAACGUAACGACAAGAAGCCGGGCUACGUCCCGGACGCUCCUGGACAGUGCCAACAGCCGCACCAAGGAUACCGUCCCGUGGCAUUGCCUCCGAAUUCGUUCGGCUUCCCGCCCUUCUACGGGCACCACCACCACCAUCCCACCAUGAUGCCGGCGUCUUUCCCCGGCGGACGGCCGUCGCCGGACGGACCGAUCGGCAAGAUCGGCGACGGUCAUGAGCAGCAGGCGGCCUCGCACGCCGUCGAGCGACACGUGGCCGCCUACGGCAGGAUGCCGCCGCCGAUCCCCAACGACGGCUUCCUGCAGGAGCACCAUCACCGCUACGACGCCGGCGACUUUCCCAACCCCGGAGUACCGUACCCCGGCUUCCGGCCCACCAUCUCGCGCUCGCCGUACGGCAAUCAUCAGAAUAACAGCGUCUACAAUCGAAGCGGCCACUAUCACCCGACCAGGCAGCGCAAGUGGAGCAGCGCUGCGUUUCGCGGACUGCAUCCGCCGAUGCCUUGGCCCACGUGGUUUUUCCGGCCGGACCUACCGCUCGGCGGGCCGUUGCCGACGAGUCACGUUCCAAAUUCGAGCAACGUUACUACGUCGUCGCCUCUGCCGUCUCGGACGCAUCUGGACGUGGCGAAGGGACCGGAGCCACCUUCCAACAGCAACAAAGUCCAUGGACAGACGCCAACGAUAUGCACGUCGAUCCGGUGCACGGUGAACGGCUGCGCCUGCGAGUCCUUCACGCCGGGGAAACGUCACCUGCGCUACUGCGAGAACUGCCACCACGGCUGGGUGCCUCACGGUAAGAUUUAUCCUACAGCGUUGAUCGCGCAGACCCUGUUCUAUUCUACUUCUAUGGACAUUUUAUUAAUCCAUAACGUCAGGGAAGAUUGUCGAGGUUGA